CAUGAUUGACAUGCUCCUCUUGGGUUUCUGUGGCUCUUCUGUCUCUCUGUUCAUUCAGUCAGAGACACACGGAGCCGUCAUGAGGAACCUGCUCACCACACAGGAUCAGAAUUUCUACCGCGAGUUGAUUCUGAAGGAGGCCUACACACGACUAGCAUGGAAGAUGAAAUACGGCGGGGAAUAUCCCAUCAGCUCCACCACUCGCAUGUCUAAAUCCAUCGGGCUUUUCAACCCUCCAUCUGUCAGUGAAGUCACUCUGCCUCCUGUGGUCCAGACGCAGAAACCCAAGCCCCCUGUAGUGACCUGGGGGAACCUGAGCGAAGCCCCUCUGAUGAGACCCGUGAGCUCCCAAACCAAAGCCUCUCUGUACGCCGGAUUCUCUCAUGAUGGUAAAGGACGACAGCUGUACCUGAAGAAACGUACUAAACAAGGUCCAGAGGAGAAGUAUGAUCAUCCGAUACUGUCAUCCUGGGAUUAUGGAUGGAGGUUAGGUGACUAUGAGAUGGACUGUAAGACGCCAGCCAACGGAAGAUCUGAGAUCGUAAGGAACUCUUUCUACGCCAGGAAUGGCAUUUUUAAUAUUCCCUCGGCUACAGAUCAAUGCCGCUGAACCGCUCGAUCAACUCCAGAGCUGUUUUCAUUGAUAAGGAAAUGUUCUCAUGAACUUUAGACCCAGAAUACUGUGACACAGUAAAUGAAGUAAAUUCUAAUGUUUAUUCAUCAGGUCAAAUGCAACACAACACUCUCACAUGUGUUACGUAUAGAGUUCAUGAAUGAGCAAUAGAGAGAAAUGAGAUGGAAACUAACCCUUACUGUCUCAUAGCAACCAGUAAACCAACACUUUGAAUGUCUGGUUCAUUAUUUACAAGCACAGACAGACUUCAUAUAUUUAGGAUUUUUGUAGUCAUGAUGUAAUUUCCAAACUUACGUUCAUGUUAUUCUGUCUUUUCAAUGACUGUACUAAAAUUAAAGACAAUUUAAUAAGUGAGUAUGUGACCCUAAACUUUUGAAAAGAGGUGUAAAUGGAGCAGUCCGGAGACCAACAUAUUACUUUCAUGAAAUAAAGUUUGUACACUCAUUAGCUGUUAUUUGCUGUAACCUGCUGCUCAGUGAGCCUGAAUUAAUCUUUCAAGUUAAAAGCCUCCUGGAUUUACAGCUUCGAUCACGAGGAUCGACAGGUGAAAAGAAGUAAAGAGCUGAAACAUCUGGUUUACAACAGCAGGUGACAUGUCCAGUCUGUCACCUUUCAACCACACAAACCUAGUGUCAGAGCACAGACGGAUGUUCACCCACUGUCUCUUUAGGACGUAAUGGCAUUGAAAUCCCCCAUAAAAAAAUCGAGGCAGAAGAACACUGAGCUGAGAAACAGGAACUGUGAAGAAACAAGAGACGCUUUUUAAAGGCAUAUUUUAAAAAGCUCUCACCUCA